UUGUUCUUAAAAGCAACUUUUUAGUUUGAUACUGUUAUUUUUAGUAUGACUCAGCCUCUGAUGUGCUUAUAAUGUUGGCCCUGCAACCCUGAAAUUGUUCAUUAUGCAGCCAAGUCUUCACAGCAAGUUCUGUGGGUGAUUUACUGUAAGAACCACUGAGAAUUUCAUUUUGUCCUAGUUGGCAAGUUCUCUGUUUCAUUGUGUUCUUUUUUAAAAAAACUGUCAUUACUGAGCCAGUAAUUGAGAACAUAAAUCCAAGUUUCCUUUGGAAAUAAUUUUACUGAAUUUAAAUUUGGCAAGAAACAUAUUUUAUAAUCAUUCACUCAACUUCAUGUUUCAUACCCCAGUAAAUCAUCCUGAAUUAACAUUAUCUAUUAAGAUAAACUGGAAUUACUCUCCCUAAAAUGAUAUAACCAGAGAUGCUUCCAAAUUAAAUUGUACUUUUCAGAUCCCACUUAGGUAUAAAAUCCUUUACUUGCUGCUGAGAUUCAUAGGUGGGUAAUCAUUGUUUUACAUGAGCUUUCAACACAGUGAGGAGGCAGCUUGUCAGAAUAAUUUCUGUAGCACAAUGUACCCAAUUCUGUGGUGUAGGACAAAGCAUGAUAGGAGCACACAUGAGGAAGAGACUGUCACCAAGACAAGGAAUACAAGGAUGUCAAGGAAAAUUUCACAGAAGAGGUAGCCUUCAUACUAGGAUUUGAUAAAGAGUAGGCUUUCGACUGGAAGGCAUGAAGAAAAAACAUUGCCAGGGAAAGGAAAAGCAUGAGUGAAAAAUAUACCUGUGAGAAAGGCAGGAUGCAUCCAGGGAAUGAGAAUCAUAGAGUUUGGCAGAAGAAGACUGGAUAUGGUGGAGAUUAACUCAAAAGGUGAACUAAGCCAGAUCCUAGACUGCCUUUUCUUCAAAUAUCUCAUAUGUCAUCAGAAAAGUUUGCAUGUUAUUCUGUAGGUAAUGGGGACCUAGUUAAGGUUUGUAUCCUGGAGCUGGAGUUGGUCAGCAAUUCAGUGUCAUCAAAAAGACAACUCUGAUGGAAUUAUGAAGAAUCAGUAUUUGAGGGAUAAGGAGGAAGACUGGGGCAGGAGAAUGAGGGGCAGUAGUGUGCAGGAACUAAUUGGAAGGAAAAGUGAAAUCUGAAACCUGGGAAAGACAAUGACAAUGAAACAAAAGCAUCAGAACAACAAAAACAAAAGGAUCAGAAAAGUCUUGUCCAGUUGGGAUCAGUAUUGCUUCACUGUUCAUGGAAUUGUAUGAGAGACUAUUGACCCUUCUAACCCCAAGAUUCUAUGAGUUAGGCUUCUGUGACCACAUAAGAACACUACAUAAGAACACAGAGUAGAGCAUUUUCCUACAAGUAUGGAACAACACAGAAAAGGGGCAACACAGAGAAGUUAAGCAAUUAGCCCACAGUCACACAGCUGAUAAGUAGCAGAGCGAAGGACUCCAGACAGUCUGACUCCAAAGUCCAUGUUCUUAACCAACAUGUUAUGCUACCUUUCUGAGUUUGAAGGAAUUUACUGACAGAAAAUGGCAGAAAAAAUCUUAGAGAAGUUAGAUAUUCUGGAUGAGCAGGCAAAGAUACUCUUGGCCAGAAGAGCAAAGACAAACAUGCUUCAGAGUCAAGGGAAGAAAAAUACUUCAGUUACACCCCUGACGUUUGACUUUCAGUUAGAAUUUGAAGAGGAUAUUGUUCCAUUCAUAUCUAAGAAAGUACCCAAGAUCACAGGAGACAAUUUAUACAGUAUUAAAAAAGGGAAAAGGUAUGUCUUCUUCAAAAAUGAACCUGAACCUAGAAAGAGUGAUUUCAAAAAGUUAAAUUUAAGAUCACACUUUAUACCAACAAAUAUAAAAAAUCAAGAAAGCAAGUCAAUAGAGCCUGUGAAAGAAAAUCUGAAAUCAAGAUCAUUUAGACCUUUCCUUUAUCUUAAGGAUACAGCUGAGAAUACACAACCAUGUAGAACACUGGGUCCUACCGUCAUUUCUCCUGUACGCAGAAUUCAAUCCAAAGCUUAUAAGAAGGAAAAAGACUCUACUUUAUUUGCAGCUCAAACUGAAAAAAAUCCUGGGGAAUCAUUUGAUCUGGCUGGUCACUCAGAAGAUUAUGUCAGUAAAAGAAGAAAAUCUGCCCCACAGAUGGAUGAUUUUAGCACAGGAGAAAACAAAACCAUCAAAAAUCAUCAAUUAAGUGAAUACUGUUCUAUAAGAAAGAAAAGCUUGCUUCCCUUGUGCUUUGAGGAUGAGCUGAAAAAGCCAAAUGCCAAGAUAAUCAACACUAGUCCACCAAAGACAGUAACUUCUCAUGUGGAACAAAAUGACACAAAACCCAUAAUUUUCCAUGAGACUGGAUAUGUACAAAUGUUACUUUUGACAAAAAAUAGGCUUCCUCUCCAUCGUAUGGAAAAGGAAAACAUUUACCCAUAUAAGAGAGCAGAUUUUGUUUUAGAAAGAAAUUAUGAAAUCCUCAAAUCUUUAAUUAGUGAUCAAUUUAUUGUAUCUUCCAAACCUAAAAGAAUUAUGCCUACAACAUGGAAAAGAGAUAUACAAGCAAUAUCUUUUGAAGUGGGCCGUAGAGUUGUAGAGGGUAAACUAAGGAAGAAAACUAAUAAGCAGACACUUGAAAACAUAUCCUGGAGUAAACUCUAUAAUUUCUCACAGACUUUUUCCAGCCUAACAAAAAAAUUUGUUGGCUUCUUUGAUGGAAGUGUUAUUCAAGAAAUGAGUGCUAGACAUGGCAACUUUGAAAGAAUGUUUUCUACAAUAAAACCAAGGAGCAAAUUCAGUGCCUCACCUGUCAAACAUUGCUCAAAGCCUUUAAAAAAUAUACUCGAAGUCCAUAAAUUAAAUAAUGUAACACCAAUGGAUGAUUUGUUAAACUAGUGAAAUGAAAAUUAGACACCUCAAAAAAUAUUAUAUAGAGCAAUAUUUAAGUAACAAAAAGCAAAUAACGAAGUUCCAAGAUCAUUGACGAAACUCUUACCAAAAUAAUGUGUGAAUGGAUGGUGUAAGAAAGCAAAACAUUGACAUUGGAACUACAAGCCAACAGUCUUCUGUUCAAGAAAAGCCAACAUUUUUAGUAAAUAAAAGGACAAAAUUAGUAAAUAAUUAUCAACAAGAAAAACUAGUUCAUGAAUUUUUAUGAUCUAAAUUAGAUUCCUCAGUCGUCAGCAUUUCUAUGGUCAAGUCUCAUUUGGGACCAAGAAUGACACAGACUGUUUCUGGAAUUUGGCUGUUUGAAGACAAAUAAUACCAAUAACCUUUCUUAAUAAUUGGGUAUCAGAUAAGACAAAUGUACCAUUAACUUGAUGUGGAAUUAAUUAUAUAUUAAUUAUAUAUCAGCAUUUUGGAUAAUCAUUGGAAAAUAGUAUUACAUUAGCAAUUCAUGCAAUUUAAAAAAAACAGUAAAAUUUAAAAUAGCUUUUUGUUAGUUGACACUGGAACUUCAUUGCCUUUUCCAAGUAUAACUUUGACUUUUUUCAGAACUGUUAAAUAAUUUAAAAGAAUAACUUAUCCUUAAUAAGCUAAAGUCCUAUAAAGAAUUGAACAUCAUGUGUAUUAUUAUAUUGCUAUUUUACUGUUUCUCAUUCACCCAAACAGUAAAAAGGCAGAACUCAAGUUAGACACAAGUUGGAUUUCAAAAGUUAAUUUUUAAUCCAUUUGUUUAAAAGAUUUUUUAAAAAUCUGAACUCUUAAUAUGUGAGGAGAUGUAGUUUAAUUAGAAGCAUUUAUGUUAGGGGAAGCCUUUGGGGGCCUUUGGCAACUUUGGCAACUUUGGCAAAGGUGAGGACAUAAAGUUUUUCAGGUUCCUGUUUCUGCUUCCGAUUUUCUUUACUGUGUGCCAAGGCUCCUCUUGUGCACCUCUUCCCAAGGAGGGUUGGGUUUUGGCUCUAAAACAAUCACCAUGGGGGAGGGGUUGGGGAAGGGGUGCAAUUGGAAACUCUUAAUGAGGGAAGAGCAAGGGUAAAAGUCUUUGAGGUAAGAUGAUGGGCUCAGGUAUGAAGGAGGUAGAGGAGGAACAUACAAGCUUUCCUGGCUCUUUACACCUUUCUUCAGGUUACUGGAGGAGAAGCAGCAGUAGCUCAAAGUUAUGAAGUCAUCUUUCUCUUUUCCAGCAAGUAGGGGCUGAUCCUCUAGUUCUCUUGGCUUGGUGUCAUCCAGUCUUCUCACCACCCCCCACUCCCACCCCAUCCCGCUUUUCCCUCCUCCCCGGCUCACUGUAAAGCAAAAUAGUUUCCCUAACUACACUGCUGGCUCAGAAAAUAAAAUGCUUUUUUAAAACUCUUUUUUAAAAACUAUCAACAAUAAAAAUAACAAGAAAUAGAAAAUGUACCUAAUAAUAUCACAAGUAAUGAUGGUAGUUUUUCUGGAUACUCAUUGUAAGAUAAAGACAUGUGAAACUUGAAUAUGGUAUACAUGAGUAAACCUGGGGAAAGAAUGUAAACUGAGCCUCAGGUUACUGCAAGCCCCACCUUGAGACGGGACAAUACCUUAUUGUGGUAUUAUUAUUUAUCAGUGUUAAAAAAAUAAUGUGGAGUCCCUGAGUAUUUGAGUGUAGCAAACAUUCAUUAAAAAUUCCUUUCCUGGGGUGCCUGGAUGGCUCAGUGGGUUAAAGCCUCUGCCUU